AUGUCUCUCGGUUUUUUCCCCAAAUUUUCGGGAUCUCGGCCUUUGAAUUUGUUAUUAUGCAUGGUUAAAAGACUCUCGUCUUCUGCCCAUGAAGACGCAAUUCGACCACUUUAUUUCGAUUUACAGGCCACAACGCCUUUGGAUCCUCGAGUUUUAGAUGCAAUGCUACCUCAUUUGGUGUAUUCUUUCGGCAAUCCGCAUUCUACUACCCACAAAUAUGGGUGGGAGUCGGAGCAAGCUGUUGAGAAAGCUAGGGCAGAAGUUGCCGAUCUUAUUAACGCUGAUCCGAAAGAGAUCAUUUUCACCAGUGGUGCAACCGAAUCAAACAAUCUCAGCAUUAAGGGUGUAUCUCGGUUCUACGCCUCUAAAAAGCGCCAUAUUAUCACAUCCCAGAUUGAACAUAAGUGCGUUCUUGAUUCCUGUCGAGCUAUGGAAAAUGAUGGCUUUAAAGUCACCUAUUUGCCGGUUCAAAAAAAUGGUCUUGUAAACCCUGAAGAUGUUGAACGUGCAAUUCAACCAGACACCACCCUCGUCUCCAUUAUGACUGUAAAUAACGAAAUUGGAGUUCUACAGCCCAUUGAAGAUAUUGCCAAAAUUUGUCGCGAUAAGAAAAUUUUCUUUCAUACAGACGCUGCUCAGGCUGUGGGAAAGAUUCCUAUGGACGUUAACAAGAUGAAUAUUGAUUUGAUGUCAAUUAGUGGACACAAAAUCUAUGGACCCAAGGGAGUUGGUGCCCUCUACGUGCGCAGAAGGCCCCGAGUCCGACUGGAGCCAAUAAUUAGCGGUGGUGGACAGGAAAGGGGUUUACGUUCGGGUACUCUUCCAGCUCCACUUGUGGUUGGCUUUGGUUCCGCUUGUCGGAUUGCCGAGGCUGAAAUGCAGAAUGAUGCGGCGCUCGUUAAGAGGUUGUAUGAUCGUUUGUUGAACGGUAUCACCUCGCAGUUGGAGGAGGUUAUACUCAAUGGAGAUCCGGAUAGACGCUAUCAUGGCUGUUGCAAUUUGUCUUUCGCCUUCGUCGAGGGAGAGAGUCUCCUCAUGGCUCUCAAGAACAUCGCCCUUUCCUCCGGCAGUGCCUGCACAUCGGCCUCUCUGGAACCCUCCUACGUUUUGCGUGCCAUUGGAGUGGAAGAAGAUCUGGCCCACUCUAGCAUCAGAUUCGGUCUUGGUCGCUUUACAACAGAAGAGGAAGUGGACUAUACAAUCAAGGAGGUUGUCAAACAUGUGCAAUCUCUUAGGGAGAUUAGUCCGCUCUGGGAUAUGCACCUGGAAGGAAUCGAUCUGAAGACAAUAAAGUGGUCCCAACAUUAG